GUAGUAUCCAGGCGUAGAUCCGAUUUCUACUUCACCAUGCUGUAUUAUUCCUUCUAGAACCUAUUCUUUGGAAGAACAAAAUCGGACCCUCCUAUAGUAACAUCGUCCACGUAUGGCUUUCAGUCUGAGCCAUGCCGCGCCACAGACCGACAUCCGGAUACGCUCGACUUGCGCAGGCAGACGAAGAUGAGCCGUUAGGAGAUGAAGAAUCAGAUAACGAAACCUACCACACGACGCCUCUGACGACUCGAUAUGCCUCGAUACAACCAGGGCCUCGAGAGAGCAUGCGCUCCGGCCCUUACCAGGACCACAGACGAAGACCUGCGCGACGUAUGAGAAGCAAUUCGUCCGGUGUGGACAUCAAAGCCAUCAAUGCUCGGUUAGAGAGAUGGGCAGAAGAGAUUGUAACAAAGUUCAAGAUACAUUCUGUCAAGGGCAAAACGCAAGAGGAGGAGCAGUUGGAGAUACACCAUUCCGUCUUUCAAGCGCCUCCUGGAAUCCAACCUUACACUGCGCAAGACCUGGCUAGCUAUGCCGCCGCAGAAGACCAGCGAAUGACCAAAUACCAGUUUGACGAUAUUGUCGAGAGUGUCAGAAUUGCUAUCGAGAUGAAUGUUCACCCGAAGAUGAUAUCUCAGGGUAGCUCCGGAAGCUAUUUUGCUCGUAACAGCGAAGGCAAAGUCGUUGGAGUGUUCAAACCCAAAGAUGAAGAACCCUAUGCUUCCAGAAACCCGAAAUGGACCAAAUGGAUCCACAGAAACCUGUUUCCCUUCUUCUUUGGCAGAGCCUGCCUCAUUCCGAACUUGUCCUACGUCUCCGAAGCCGCCGCGUACGUCCUUGACUGCCAGCUGAGAACCUUUCUCGUGCCAUAUACCGACGUGGUCUGGCUGUCGUCAAAGUCAUUCUACUACGAUUUCUGGGAACGAAGGAGUAGUUGGAGAGGAAAGAAGAGCUUGCCUGCGAAAGUGGGCAGCUUUCAAGUCUUCCUCAAGGGAUUCAAGGACGCGAACAUAUUCCUCCGCGAGAACCCCUGGCCAGAUCAAACAACCGACUUCCGGGCUGAUAUAGAACAUAAAAGGAAGAGGAGGCCGCUGUCGAACUGUAUGCCGAAUGCGGCACAAUCUGAUGACGAAGAGGAGGCGCCUCGAAUUCAGUCACCACAGCCUCAAGAGCAGGCUCCGAAAUUCCAUUGGACACCAACGAUAAAGCAAGCAUUCCGAGAAGAGCUAGAAAAGCUUGUCAUACUAGACUAUAUCAUGCGAAAUACGGAUCGAGGAUUGGAUAACUGGAUGAUCAAGAUUGAUUGGAAGCUGGAGGAGGUUUCAAUUGUGGCCGAACCUCCAAAGCUGAAUGGCAAUGCUCAGAACGGAGAGGCCCUCCCGCGGCAGGCAUCUGUGAGCCCACGACCGGAGUCAAAUACGUCGAGGCCUUAUCGAAGGUAUGAGGCUAUGGAGAGUCGGUCAACUACACCUUCCGUCGGUCAAGAAAACAGUUGCUCAAUAACGCUUGGAGCCAUCGACAACAGUCUGUCCUGGCCUUGGAAGCAUCCCGAUGCUUGGCGAAGCUUUCCCUUUGGCUGGCUAUUUCUGCCGGUAUCACUCAUCGGACAGCCCUUUUCCAAGAAAACUCGAGAUCAUUUCCUCCCUCUCUUGACCUCUACAGCAUGGUGGAGCGAGACCCAAUUAGCUCUAAGAAGGGUGUUUGCACUUGAUGACGACUUCAAGGAGAGCAUGUUUGCCCGACAAAUCGCCGUCAUGAAAGGUCAAGCGUGGAAUGUAGUCGAGACUCUUAAACAGGAUGACCACGGACCGCUCGAACUGACCAGAAGGACCCGGGUCUGUGUCUGGGACGACCUGGUUGACGUCCCAGUAGCGAUCCCCAUGCGCAUGCCGUCGACUGAGAUGCACCGCAAACCGCGACGGUAUGAUCAGCAGGAAGAGAUGGACAUAGGAGCUUCCUACGCUUCUGCUCCGCCUGGGCGCCAGGCUCCAGUGCACGACCUUCUUGGAUCGCCGACCAUGGAGUUGCCAAACCCAAACCGCUUCGAUUUGACACGUGAGGACAGUGCUGCUGAUCUUUCAUUCAUGCCUGGCGAAGAAGGACCGGCCAGUCCUGUUAAUAUCAGCGGAUUUGACACGAUGGAUUUCGCCAAGGAAGCGAGAAACAGUCUGGGGAACAGCGCAAGUCUACCGCCCCGACCGGCCAUGAAGAAUAAGAAUCGAUUCAGCUUUGAAUUUCCACGCCGCGACACCACUUCACGGACGAGUACGCGUAGGCAGCGCUCUAUGUCCACAAGAAGUGGAAAACAGCCACCCAUAGUGUACGAGGGUGAUGAUCUUGAAGGGGACCUUGGCUAUGCCGCGGCAAGUGAUAUGGAGCAGCAUAAGCGCAAGGUUAUUGUUGAAAGGCUUGAGACGAUCAAGGGAAAGCAGCCAGUCUUCACGUGGUGCUAAUCUGGAUGAUGGGCCGGCCUAAUCUUUGUUUCUUGUCAUGAUGUUGCCGGUUAAUGCAUGGACUUUACGAGAAAACAAUGGCUCUCGACAGCGUAAAGAAAAACAACCGGACGACCGCAUUGGGAUGUGAUAUAUUGUACGAGCUAGCAUUUUGGGUUAUGAUAUACACACGGGAGGGCAACCGUAGUUAUUUGUGCAUUGCCAAUAGACAAGGUCAAGGCUCGA